CGACCUGAGAUCAGCCAUUACUUUCCUUGGCUCGCUUAUAGGAAUCUCUUACAUUUGGUGCUUGCUGCUGGUGGUGGUGGAACCGCACUCGGAUUCUUUCAUCCCCUCCACCCCCUUGCUGUCCUCUCCUCCCCUCCUUUUUCUUCUUCCCUCUCUCCCCUCCCUCCCUCCCCCGUUAUUCCGCCGGGGGAGCCGGAUUUGUGGCUGCGGUGGGGCAGGGGGGGAACGAGAGCGAGAGGGAGAGCCGGCGAGAGACAUGGAUGGCCCGGCGCGAUGCAAUGGGCUUCGGAAGAAGCGGCGAUCGCGGUCCCAGCGCGACCGGGAGCGGCUAGCCCAGGGCGGGCGGCGCGGAGGGGCCGCCAGCGGGGCCCCCGGGGCCGCCGCGCUCUCCUCUUCGGGCUCCGAGAGGGAAGACAAUGGGCCCCCGCCGCCGUCCCGGCCGCGGCCCCCCCGGAGGAAGCGGCGGGAGUCCUCCUCGGCCGAAGAGGACAUUAUCGACGGUUUCGCGAUGUCCAGCUUCGUCACUUUCGAGGCGCUGGAGAAGGACGUAGCUCUGAAACCUCAGGAACGUAUGGAGAAGAGACAGAACCCUCUAGCCAAGAAGAAACGGGAAGCACUUACCAAUGGGCUGUCGUACCCUCCCAAAAAGAACAGACUCCACCACCACCAGUACAGCUCUGACCGGGAAAAUGACCGUAACCUGUGCCAGCACCUUGGGAAAAGGAAGAAAUUACCCAAGGGCCUCCGACAGGUGGGACACAAGUCACCUGCUGCGGGGAAGGAGGGCUUUGGCUCUUGGCACAUGAAAAGGAUCAUCUCUGGAAAUGCUUCUAAACCAGCAAGGGGUCUUAGCUGACUAUGUCUGCAUGAGAGCUGCUGGGUUCUGCCUGCACCACCUGAUCCCAAAGACACUUGCAGAAUAUCAAAUCCCAAUCCCAGAUACCAUGUGACAGCAGGGAAGGAGACAAAUGGUAAUAA